GAUCCUUGCAGCCGCUUACGAAAAAACACUUGCGACAUCCUUUUACCAACAUCUCCUGGGAUACUACUCGACUACUCUUUCCAACAGAAAGCAUCAUGUCGUCGCUACGAAUCGUCCUGUUACUGGCCGUGCUGAUGGUGGCACUGAUCGACUGGUCGACGGCUCUUCCGGCUGUCGACAAGGAGAGACUUUUAAACGAGGUAGACCUGGUGGACGACGACGGAAGCAUCGAGACUGCUCUGAUCAAUUACCUGUUCACGAAGCAGAUCGUGAAACGACUUCGAGAUCAACUGGACAUCGGGGAUCUGCAGCGAAAGCGUAGCUACUGGAAACAGUGCGCCUUCAACGCGGUCUCUUGCUUCGGCAAAUAGAACUCCUACCCUCGUUCGACCCCGAGAAUCGCCACCGUGUCCUUCAUUCUCCGUUUAUCUGUCCCGGCUCUCUUCCUUCCUCGAAACUUUUAAACCCCUGACCGGCACACCUUCUAAUUCUAAUUCUCCUCCGUUUCUCACCGAUUCAACGACCACUUGGCGCAACAUUUCGAACUACCUCGACAUAAAUGUCGUGGAUAAUUGCAUACUGUUUCCUAUAGAAAUGUUAAUGGUAAAGUUUGAUAAUCCUCUGUUCCGAGUUUCGAUCUUGAAAUUAUCUGUAAUUCGCAUAAUCGAGGACGUAGAAUUUCCUUCCGAGAAAAUCGGAACGGAUGUAAGUUAGCAACGAGGCUGUUUCCGCGUUCCGAUAAAUCAUCGGCAACGUUUCUAAAAGAGAAAAUAGUAGAUUAGCGACACACCGGUGUCGAGACGAAGCAGCAUCUUUGCGAGAUACGGUUCGCACUUCGUUUUUUGUCUCUCCUUGUAAAUGGACUUUCUGAUCGUUUGUUAUUCGACAACGGAGCGCGACGUUGCACCCUUGUAAAAUCGACAUUUACGUUCGCGAACACGGUGGCUGUAAUUCAUGGAGAAACUUCAAUAAACUUUAUUUCCGGUUGUA